AUGUCAGCUGAGCCAUUAGUAAUCAAAGAUAGAGAUUAUCAAUUUUUAGAGAAAAAUCGUCGUAAAAAAUUCCAAUAAACAGCAAGGAAUCCUCUUACAGAAGAUCGUUCUAAGUUGAAGCAAGUCAAAAAUAAUAACUUACUCGCUUAAAUAAACAAAGCAGGUGCUGAUGCUAAAGUAAUCAUUAAAACUGAAGGAGGAUUUGUAGAUCCUCUUUCUCGUUUGAAAUCUAAACCAGCAAAUCCUUUGGCUCGUAUACCUAUCAAAAACCCUUUAAUGGCUAACAAAAAUUAAGAAGAAUAAGCUGAAAAACCUGAAUAACCUGACCCUCUUGCAAGAAAGGUCAUUAUGAACGCUCAAGCCGACUAAUUAGAGUCUAUUAAGAAUGAAGAACAAGAAAGCUAGCACUGGGAAAUUAUUCGUAAAGAAUAUGUUAGGACAUUCGACUUAAAUAUCAGACAUCUUAAUGGACAAGUUAAUAAUCCUUUUGGAAGUAAUGUAGUAGGUACAGAAGAAAGAAAAAAUAAAUCAGUUUAGUAAGGUAGUAGAUAUGAAUAAGACAAAUCUUAUACUUAACAAAAGUACUAAGUGCAAACAAUUGCUAUGAAAACAUAUAUUGAAAAUCUUAUAGAAAUGCAUUCAAAAAUGAGAAAGAAAUGGAAUGACUAAGACAAAGUAGGAACCUUGUAAAUUACUAUUCAAGCUAUUAAGCUAUUUGCAGACAAUGACUAGCCAAGAUUUGCUCCUUACAAAUAUGUCUAUAUUAUGGAUAUUUUAGACAGUUUCUCUAAAUUUGUUUUCUAAAGAAUGAAAAAACUCUCUUUCCCUUAAUAUACUUCUGAAAAACUCAAAACUUUAACUUUCUUUGAUAUUUCUGGUGCAAACAUCCCAGAAAGUGCUCAAGAAAUCUGCAGAAAUUGGCUUAGAAAAGUUAGCUCUAUUAGAGAACUUGUCCCAAGAAUAUACAUAGAAGCAGCUUUAUUACCAAUUUACUAUUUUAUCGAUUCUACAAAGAUCCAAUAAAAUUUGUUUAAGCUAAGUUUCCAGAGUAGAUGUAUUGGUGAUUAUAUUAAUUCAGUCAAUUACAGCACUUUCCUUCUUCGUAUUGGUGCUGAAUUGCUCCCUAAAGAAAAAUCUCAUAUUCUGUAAAUGCUAGACGAUUUCUUCUAUUAUAUGAAAUAGAGUUAAUUUGGCUAGUCAGGAUUUUCAACUGAUGAAUAUUUAAGGUUAUUUGAACCUUUCCUUUUAACAGCAUUCAGAAUAUACAGUGAAAACUGCAGUGAAUAAGAAUUUAGCGAGUUAUUUUCAAUUUAUUAGGGUAGCAACCAACAUUCUGAAAUUUUAUCUAAAAUUGUUUAAGCCUUUUCACCUGAAUUGAUUGCUAAAUACUCAAGUGAAAUCUUUUUAAUCAUUUCUUCUUAUCAUAUUGACUAUAAAUUUAAAAUGUACACAAUCUUUUUGCCUAAGUUAUCUCGUGGUAUCCAAUCAAUGAAUGGAGCUCCAAUUGAAAUAUGCAAUUUGGUUUGGAUAGAUUUGAAACAAGUUAAUAAAAUAGAUAUCUUUUUAACUAUUUUAGUGUCAUUCAUAGAAUUAAUAAACAAGUGCUUCAAAGGGUAUCAAAAGACUAAAAUAUUCUAGAGCAUAAUUGAAAAAUUUAAUGAACUAUUUUAACAAGUUGAUACAUCCAAUGAUAAAAAUAAUUAAACUUUAUUGAAAUUGGAGUAGUUUAUUAAAUCAAUAUUAACUACUUGUGAUGAUAUUAGAGAAAUACUAACUAUUGAACCUUUCCUAUAAUUCAUUUCUUUCUUCCCUCCAUAGUUAAAGUAUAAUGUCAGCAAAGAUGUACUUGGAAUGUUCAUGGAAAGAGAAAAAAUUUAGAAGAUAUCUGAUCCCAUAGCCGUUCAUUCUAUUCUUUAAAUUGCAAAGAAUUUAAAUGAAGGUGACAAAAAAUUAGAAGAUCCUAAAGAAUUAUUCGUUUUACUCAAGUCUUUCUUUGAAAAGAUCGAUUUUGGCAGAAACUUAGAAUAGAUGUUAAAUUUAUAUACUGAAAUAAGAGCUAGCUUUGGUCAUAUAAACGAAGUGGUUGAAUAUGUCAUUAAUAAAGUUUCAAAUUUAACUUUUACUGCUAAAAAUAUGUUUACUUCUCAAAAAAUGCAAAAGAAAAUCACUGGCUUCUUGCAAGCUUGUGUUGCAUUCUGUUAUAUUACUAUUCCUAUGAUCGAUAGUCCUCUAGUACAAUUUAAAUAUUACUACAUGAACUCCUCAAUUGCUCUUCUUCACAACUUGAUUUCAUAAGCUGAAUCUUCAUUUAAAACAGCUUUAUCAAUUUUAGUUGAUCUUCCAGAACAAAUUAAUGGAAAAAACGUUGAUGAAUUAGUAAUUAGAGACUUGUCAAGUAUGGUUUCGUUUAUGAUUGUUUUACCUGACAAUCCAGAAAGCGAUAUUUUGCACCUUUAUUCUGGUUUCAUAUCACUUUUAAGUUAAUUUAAAUGGUCAUCAAGAAAUGGAGAAAGCUACAAAUUGAGCUUGAUAAAAGAUUUAAUAGCAUAUCUAUGUAUUUAGAAGUAAGAAAACUUCCCUUAUCACAUUGAUGGUGUUAGAUCAAAUGAUAAGCUUUUCGUUGAUUAAGAAUUUAAGGCCACAGUUGUUGACUAAGUUAGCAAUUUACUUUACAAGAUCUAAGAAAUAAUUCCUGAAAUAGCUCCAAAGAACUAUGACCAACAAGAAAAUAGAUUGUUGAUUAGAAAUAUUUGUCAUGCAAUAAAUACUAUAUUGAUGUACAUUGAACCUAAUAGAGUAGUUAAAUCUGUGAUUUCUCAAUUGGUAAAUGUUAUUAAUAAAAAAUGUAACGACUUAAAUAGAGAUCCAUUUGGAAGAAAGAUUCUAGAUGAAAUAUACAAUUUAAUUAAGUAAACUUUAUAGAAUAUAGAAAAAAAUGCUAAAGAAGUCAAAGAUUUCUAAGUCUACAAAGACAAUAUCAAUGCAGUCUUAGACUCAGUAAAAAAAUAAAAAUGA